AUGUCUGAGCCUCCUCAGAGUACAUACUAUUUCAUAGAUGACAAAGAAGAUCCAUCUCCUCAAUUGAACUUCAUUUCUACUUUUAACUUAGACCAGAUAGCCAAGUCAGUAGCAAGGACCAAUUCUGAUGGCACUAAGGAUGUCAAGCUGCGAAAAUCUUACAAAAGUCACAUAUCAGACCUUUUAGGUAAGCACUAUAUUUCAAAAGAGCAUAACCUUUCUCCAAUAGUAUUUGGACCUCCCCCAGAUUUUGUAAAGCUGGAACCGUUUGACAAGGACUAUCUUAGCCGCACUCUCACAUUUGAGAAGAGUUCAAUGAAUGGAAUCGCUGGAUUCGAUCCCAGAAAAUUGGCUAUGAAUGACCAAGUUAUAGAAGAGAAGAAACCCAAAAGAAAACACAAAACAAUAUCCCCAGCUGAAAGUGAACAAGAACAGAAUAAGAGGCGGCACGUACAGGUGCAUUUUUGA